AUGGUGGAGUUUUACGCGCCGUGGUGCGGCCACUGCAGGGCCCUCGUUCCCGAGUAUCGCGAAGCAGCGGCGACGCUCAAGGAGCUCGGCGUGCUCUUCGCGAAGGUGGACGCGACGAAAGAAACUGAGCUCGCCGACAAGUACAACGUGGACGGUUACCCGACCAUCCUUUUCGCCACGGAUGGCGAAUUCCAGCCGUUCGGCGCCGGGCGAACCAGCGCGGAGAUAGUGCGCUGGGUGAAGCGCAAGCUGGGCCUGGGCGUGACGGCGCUGGCGCCAGUCGACAUUCCCAAGGUGGUGUCUCUCAUCGAGAGCGCUGCCGCCACUGCCAUCGCUUUCGUGACCACUCUUGACGGCCCGGAGGCAGCAGCGUUCGGAGAGGCAGCGAGGGACACGGACGGGGUGGAUUUUUUCGUCACCACGCAUGCUGACGUGGCGGCCGCCUUCGGCCUGCCAGCUGGCGAGCCGCCCGUUCUAGCUGUGGUGAAGAAGGAAGAGGAGCGGCUGGUGGUGUUGGACGGCGAGUACAGCAAGGAGGCCAUCAGCUCGUUCCUGGCGGCCAACCGGCUGCCACUGCUGCUGACGUACUCUGAGGAGACCUCUGCUGCCAUCUUCUCCUCUCCUAUUGGCAAGCAGGUGCUGCUGUUCGCAUCGGACAGUGCAUUCAAGGAGCUCUCGCCGGCACUCCUUGCUGCUGCCAAGCACUUCAAAGGCCAGGCCAUGUUUGUGUUGGUGAAUGCGUCAGACCCCGAGUCACAGCCCGUGCAAGAGUACUUUGGAGCAGACGCCUCCACCACUGCCAUCAUGGGGUUCACCAUGGGAGGCGGCGAGGACCCAUCAGUGCCAGCAGCAGGCCUCAAGUACCGCAUGACUGACCACCCCACUGCAGAUAACAUCAAGUUCUUCACACAGAGCUUCCUUGACGGCCGUCUCAAGCCCUUCUUCAAGUCACAGCCCAUCCCACAGGAGGAUGAGGGGCCGGUGACGGUGGUGGUGGGGGAUUCUUUUGAGCGCAUUGUGUUGGACGACACAAGAGACGUGCUCCUGGAGGUGUAUGCCCCCUGGUGCGGCCACUGCCAGCAGCUCGAGCCCACGUACAAGAGGCUGGCAGAGCGGUUCAGUGCGGUGCAGUCAGUGGUGAUUGCCAAGAUGGACGGCACAGCCAACGAGUACCCUGGCCUUGAGGUGGAGGGCUUCCCCACCAUAGUGUUCUACCCCGCGGGGAAAAAGGCACACCCG